UCCGGUAUUCAGUUGCGGCCUUAUUCAAUAAUAAUAAAUGGAAAGUGAAACGGGUUAUUGCUCAACUCAACAUGUCCUCCUCUUAACAGCCUUGUGACAAUGCCUGUGUGUGACAUCUGCUGUGAAGAGCUCCCAUCUGAGGCAGAGAUGAGAACCCAUCUCUUCCUGAGUCACAUGGAGAAUGUGAUGGCCUGCCCGUUCUGCUCUUUGUCCGGUGUUUCGUACAACGAGCUGAGGUUCCACAUCAACACUGCACACAUAGAUAAAGACUGCCAGGACACGAAAACAACAGUGGUUGUCAGUGGACAGAAAAACUCAAAUGACUGGACUGUUCAAAGUCCCGAUUCUACAAAGACUUCCAAUGUAAAUGUGAAAAAUAUGGACAAGGUAUCUCAAGCCUCACCUCAGUCGCCAUCUCAGGUAAACGGGAUGGCCUUCCCGAUUACAGGGACCUGUCUUUCUCAGGGAACCUCGACUAGUCUGAAGAGUUCACCACCUGCAGCAGCCACAGCGAGUGGUGCAAUAAAACUCGUCAGAACUACACCAACAUCCAGCAACAAUGCAAGCAGGGAGAGGGAAGAUGGGCGCCGAAAAUCAAAGCAGAAGCGCUUGGCCUCACCUAUUAAAGAAGGAUGCUUUUCAUGUCCUAUGUGCAGUUUGGUCUGCAAAGAUUGCUUUAUUCUGCAGGAGCAUGUUGAGCUUCAUCUACAGGACCAAGAUGCAGCUGAAGGGGCUGGUUCUGAGGCUGGCACUUCAACAGAAGCAUCUUCUACAAGCAAUGGUAGAUCAGCUGUGAUGAACUAUGAGUGUCCAAUGUGUUCUCUGAGCUGUUCCAGCAGCUCCUCCCUUCAAGAGCAUGUUGAGCUACACCUGGAAUAUGGCUCAGCAUCUGCAACAGGACAUUCAUCUGAAGACCUGACUCUGGCCAGGAAGCUUCAGGAGGAAGAGGAGCAAAAGUGGAGGGAGGCUGAGACUAGACGGGAAGCAGAGGACUUUAAGAAGCUCCAGAAGCAGUUUGGGCUUGAUAACAGUGGUGGUUAUCGCAAGCAAAUGGAGAGGAAUAUGGAGAGGGCUGUGUCUCGAGGUCAGAUGGUUCCUGCAGAGUUCCACAGGAAAAAAGCGGAGAUGCUUGAAUCUCUGGCCUCUGGGGUGGAUGAUGGCAGAAGCAAAACAUCAGGACUUAUGGAAGCUCUCUAUAGGUACUAUCAGAAGGAUGCCUCUGACUGUGCACAUGUGUGGCUCUGUGCUGAGACUGAUCACUACUCUUCAUCGGAGGGGGACAAAAGUUGGGGAUGUGGCUACAGAAACUUUCAGAUGCUUCUUUCAUCUUUGCACAGGAUGGAGCAGUAUAACCUUUUACCUGUUUCAGUUCCCAGCAUUCCGAGAGUGCAGGCCUUAAUCGAAGAGGCGUGGGGUCAAGGUACAGAUCCUCAGGGUGCUUCACACUUCAACCAUCGACUGAAGGGGACACGGGCUUGGAUAGGAGCUACAGAAAUCUAUGCAGUUCUCACCUCCUUUAGUGUGAAAGCCCGAAUUGUGGAUUUUCACAAGCCCACUGGCCCAGGAGAUACGCACCCCAGACUGUUUGAGUGGGUGAAACAGUAUUUCUCACAUUCUGCCAGUAGGGUUGCAAGACUGCCACCCAAAGUAGAGCAGACGACAUUACCACCUGUAUACCUCCAGCACCAAGGCCACAGUCGCUCAAUCAUAGGAGUGGAACAGAAAGUAAAUGGCAACCUGUGCCUGCUCCUCUUCGAUCCGGGGUGUGCACCCAGAGAAAUGAGAGUGCUGUCGCAGGAUACAGCAGCUACCAUGGUACGACGUAUGCGCAAAUUCUCCGGUGGCCUAAAACACAGACAGUAUCAAGUGGUUGCUGUAGAAGGGCUGCUGACCCCUGAAGAGAAACGGAGCCGUAUUCUUAAUUCAAGGACACUAUGUGCUGAGAAAAUCCCUUGAUGGAAUUGUCCACAUCUGCUGACUGCAGUUUUAUCUACUAGUUCCUGCUACUUUUAUCAGACUGUGAAACACUGUAUUUUUGUAUAAAUGUCAAUAAACAAUAAUAUAGUUAUAUCUUACU